CGAGAGUAAGCAACAAUGUCACACUUCAUAGAUUCGGAGGCAGAGGAGAGUGAGGAGAGGGAGGAGGAGGAGGAGGAGGAAAAAAGAAAACUCAAGAAACUCAAGAAAUCUGUAGAAGACUCGUCAGAGGAGGAGGACGAAGAUGAGGAAAUGAUGCAAGAGGAAAACAAGGGGUUUAUCAAUGAUGAUGAUGAUGAAGAGGAAGACGAAGGGGGGUCAGAUAGCGAGGUGGAAGGGAAAAGAAAACGAGACGAUGACGAUGAUGAUGACUUGGACGCUGACAACUUAGAUGAAGAUGAUCUCGAUCUCAUUGAAGAAAAUAUAGGUGUAAAACUAGACAGAAAGAAAAAAUUUAAAAGGCUGAAGAGAAUUGAGGAUGAAGAUUCAGAUGCUGAGGACGAGGACGUUCAGGGACAGAUCAGGAGAGAAAUCUUCGAGGGAUCGGGUGAUGAGGACGACGAAGAGGCCCCUCCUGCCCCCCAGGUCCCCCAGCAGCCUGAGACCUAUGCCUCGGAGGAGGAGGAGGAAGAGUCCGAUGGCGAAGGAAGCUUCAUUGUGGAUGAUGAUGGCAAGCCUAUCGCCAAGACAAAGAAGAAGGCCAUCUUUGAGGACGAAGGUCUUGAGGCUGCAAGAGAUAUCUUCGGUUGUGACUUUGACUACGGAGAAUUUGAGCAGUAUGAAGAUUAUGAUGAAGCUGAAGAUGAAGAGGAGGAAGAUGAUGAGGAUUAUGAGGAAGAUGAAGAAGUUGAGGGGAAAGAGAGACGGCAUCGUAGAAAGGAACGCAGGAAGCCUAUCAAGAAAUCCAUCUAUGAGGUCUUUGAGCCUAGUGAGCUUGAACGAGGACAUCUCACAGACCAGGAUCAUGAAAUCCGCAAGUCAGACAUCCCUGAAAGGUUCCAGCUGCGACAGAUCCCUGUAACACGCACAAGAGGAGAAGGUGACGACCGCGCUACAGACAAGGAGCUCGAUCAGGAAGCCAAGUGGAUCUAUCAUCAUGCAUUCUUCAAGCCUUAUAUAUCAAACCAGGAAGGACGUGAUGAAGCUAAGCUCCGUUCCCGCCGUGACAUGAACAUGAUUCAGAAGAUAUACAAUGCCCUAGAUCUGAUGAGGAAUUCCACUUGUGAGGUUCCGUUCAUUGCUUUCUACAGAAAGGAGGAAGUCCAGCCUGAGUUGAACAUUCACGAUCUGUGGAAGGUCUACCGAUGGGAUGAAAAGUGGUGUCAGCUGAAGCGCCGAAAGGAGAACCUGCGGUCAAGGUUCCAGAUGAUGUCGGAAUUCCAGGGCGACCUGAUCAUGAGGGACCUGGAUGCGCCCCUUCCAGAGAACGUGAGGAUGCUCAAGGAAGAGGAUAUUGAGAGAAUAGAUGAAUUGGAAACCUCGGAGCAGUUUAAUGAUUGCUACAAACAGUUCUUGCUCUACUAUGGAAAGGAUCUGCCUGAAAUGCACGAGCACAUGAAGGCCAAGAACAAAGAAAGGCAGAAUACAGUGCGCACUACAAAGAUUGUGAAGGUUCUAAGAAAGGUCAAGAGAAAGAAAAAGAAAAAGAAGAAGGGUUUCGUCAUAGAAGAUGAUGAUGAUGAAGACGAGCAGGAAAAGGAUAAGGAAGCCGAAAAGGAAAAGGAAAAUGAAAAUGAAAAUGAAAAUGAAGUGGAGAAAGACAAGGAAAAUGAUGAAGAGGUGGACAAAGAGAAUGAGGCAGAAAAGGAAAAACAAAGUGAUAAUGAAAAAGACUCAGAUGAAGAACAUGAAGAGGGAGAGCUAGACAAGGAAAAGGAAAAGGAAAAGGAAAAAGAGAAAGAGAAAGAGAAAGAGAAGGAAGAUGGAGAGGAUGACGAUGAUUCUGAGGAGGAAGAAGAGGUGGAGACAGAAGUGGAAACCGAAGUGGAAGAGGAAGUGGAGGAAGAGCCACAACAGGCUACAGAGGACACUGAUGCGCUGAAGAAAGCAGUGAGGCGGCAUGAGUAUGAACUCCUAAGGAAAGCUGGCAUUGAGGCAUUGACCAAGAAGUUUGGUCUGACACCAGAACAGUUUGGUGAAAAUUUGCGUGACAACUACCAGAGGUUUGACUGUGAACAGUGCCAGGAGGACCCCCUCAAGGAGGCUGAGGAGCACAUCUCGAAGAUGUGUUCUACUCCUGAAAGAGUGUUGGAAGCUGCUGUGAGAAUGGUUGGCUGGCAGUUAGCAUGUGAACCCCUUGUCCGCCGUACAGUGCGUGAAGCCUAUUUUGAGCGAGCUAGGAUCAGUGCCAGACCUACCCCUCAGGGCCUAAAGAUCGUAGAUGAACACCACCCACUCUAUCCCAUCAAAUACUUGAAGGACAAACCUGUCACUGACUUGCAGGGAGACCAGUUCCUGAGACUCAAGUGUGGUGUAGAGGAUAAACUCAUGACCAUCAGUCUGUCUGACACCAUUGAGGGCAACACCUCGCUGAGCUACUUGGAUGAAAUGAAGCAGCUGUACUAUCGGGAUGAGUUCUCACAAGUGGUCCAAGACUGGAAUGACUUGAGAGGGCGAGCAGUGACCUUUGCCUUUAAGAGGAUAAUUGAGGACCUAAAAAGAGAGCUGUCCCAGAGACUGCUGCAAGAGUCCAAGGACCAUGUGAUUGAGCAGUGUUGCAGCAAGCUCUACAACUGGAUUAAAAUUGCGCCAUACAACCCUGGCGACUUUUCCGAUGAGGACGAGGACGACUGGGAUACCUCAAAGGGCUUCAGGGUCUUCUCCAUUGCGUAUGUGCCUGACCUUUCCCAGGCUGCCUUCGGCUGCUGCAUUGACAUAGAUGGAGAUUGCUGUGAGUACAUCCGCCUUCCUCACUUGCUCAAGAGACGCAAUGCCUACAAUGAGAGGGAUGCUCUUGCUAAGGAAAAUGACAUCAGGAGAAUGCAGGAGUUCAUCAUUCGGCGCAAACCUCACGUGGUGGCUGUCAGUGGAGAGUCCAGAGAAGGCUUCAUGGUCAAGGAAGACCUGAUCCAGAUUCUCAAAGACCUGGAAGAGCAAGAGCAGUUCCCCAAGAUCAAUGUUGAGAUUAUUGACAAUGACUUGGCUCACAUUUAUGCCAUGUCCAAGAAGGGUGAGGCUGAUUUCUUGGACUAUCCCCCUCUGCUGCGACAGGCCAUCUCCAUUGGCCGCCGAAUCCAAGACCCUCUAAUCGAGUUUUCGCAGUUAUGCAAUGCUGAUGAUGAGUUGCUCAAUAUAAAGUUCCAUUCAUUGCAAGAUCAAAUAAAUAAUGCUGAACUCCUUGAUUCAUUGUACACUGAAUUUGUUAAUCGUACAAAUGAAGUUGGUGUAGACUUGAAUCGUGCUGUGGCUUACCCAUAUACUCAGAACUUAGUGCAGUUUGUGUGUGGUUUGGGACCUCGUAAAGCUAACCUUCUCAUAAAGAAUAUGAAGCAGAAUAAUCAGCGUCUAGAGAAUCGUAACCAGUUGGUGGUCAAUUUCCACAUGGGUCCAAAAGUAUUUAUUAAUUGUGCUGGAUUCAUUAAAAUUGACACCAAUGCUCUAGGUGAUAGUGAUAACUAUAUUGAAGUUCUCGAUUCAACGCGUAUUCAUCCAGAGGCAUACGACUGGGCAAGAAAAAUGGCAGUUGAUGCCUUGGAGUAUGAGGACGAGGAAGGUAAACCUGCAGAAGCUUUGGAAGAAAUUUUGGAAACUCCUGAACGACUGAGUGAAUUAGAUUUAGAAGCAUUCGCAACUGAACUCCAAAACCAAGGCUUUGGUAAGAAGAAUACAACCUUGUACGACAUAAGACACGAGUUGAAUCACAGAUACAAGGACUUCAGGAUGCCUUUCAGAUCUCCUACUCCAGAGGAAAUCUUCAACAUCUUGACCAAAGAGUCUCCAGAAACAUUCUAUGUGGGUAAAUUAGUGCAAGUGACCGUAACCAAUUUCAUUCACCGAAAGCCUAGAGGAGAUCAGCUGGACAACGCCAACCCUGUCAGAAAUGAAGAUACUGGUCUCUGGCAGUGUCCGUUUUGCUUGAAGAAUGACUUCCCCGAGCUUAGUGAGGUGUGGAAUCAUUUUGAUGCAGGGGAUUGCCCUGGCCAGGCCAUUGGCAUUCGUGUACGCUUGGACAAUGGGAUAUCUGGGUUUAUUAGCAUUAAGAAUUUAUCAGAUAAGACUGUGACUAAUCCAGCAGAGAGAGUAAAGAGGAAUGGCAUUGUGUUGUGUCGCAUCAUGAAGAUCGACCCAGAGAAGUUUUCAGUAGAAUUAACUUCUCGAACCUCAGACCUUCAGGAUCGUGAUGGCAAAUGGAAGGCUCCCAAGGAUGCCUACUAUGACUAUGAGACGGAGGAGAAGGACAUGAAUACCAGUAGAAAGAAAAUGGACAAGAAGAAGACGCAGUACCAGAAGCGCGUUAUUGCUCAUCCAUCCUUCAGGAAUAUUGACUACAAUGAGGCCGAGAAGGUGAUGCAGCACCUCGAGCAGGGAGAGGUCAUAAUCCGGCCCUCGAGCAAGGGCGUCGACCACCUCACGGCGACGUGGAAGGUCACCGAAGGGAUCUGCCAGCACAUUGACAUUCGGGAACAGGACAAGCAAAACGACUUUUCGCUCGGCCAGAAGUUGUGGAUCAUGAACGAGGAAUUUGAGGAUCUUGACGAAAUUAUUGCCAGAUACAUUUCACCAAUGGCGAUAAACGUCCGCCAGAUUUUGGAAUAUAAGUAUUACAAAGAGUCUGUCAUGGGCGACAAAAACAAGGCCUCCGAGAUCUUGAAGGAGGAGAAGAAAAAGAACCCCAAGACCAUUCCCUACCUGUUCUCGCCGAGGAAGGACCUACCGGGCAAGUUCAUGCUGUCCUACCUGCCGCGAGUGAAGGUGAUCCACGAGUUCGUGACGGUGACGCCCGAGGGCUUCAAGUUCCGCGGCCGGAUGCAGCACCCCAACCUGGCGUCGCUCCUCAAGUGGUUCAAGGUGAACUUCCGGCGGCCCGCGCCCAGCAUGGGGGCCACGCCGGGCAUGAUGUCCACGCGCACACCCUACAUGGGCGGCACGACGCCCAACCUUAUGGGCGUCGACGCCUCCACCAUCCAGAAGGUGGCACAAAACCUCAACCCCCACAUGCUGCACAACCUGUCUCAGGCAGCUACCAACACGCCCUACGGAGCGCACACCCCGGGGGCCUUUUCUCAAGGCUACUCCAAUUACGCCAAUACCCCGUACACGCCCUCCGGCCAGACGCCCUUCAUGACGCCCUACGCCACGCCCGGCCCCUCCACCACCCCGCGCUACAGCGGCUCUCAGACGCCCUCGUACUCGAGCGUCGGAAACCGCACGCCCUCGCACCGCCCCUCCACCGGCCACAGCAGCCAGCCGUCGCGUUCCACUCCCUCCGCCAGCAGCCGCUCGGAGCAGAUGGACUGGAAGAUGGCGGCGGCCGCGUGGGUGCAGGCCAAGGGCGGCGGCGGUGGCGGCGGCGCCCGCGACGCAGGGAGGGCCACCCCGAGACACCACGACGGAGGGCGAAGCACGCCGCGCUACUCGGAGCCCCGCGACUCGCGCUACGCCUCGAGCUCGGGCUACCCCGACGACGGGUCGCGACGCACCCCGCGCUACGACGACCGCACGCCGCGCCCCUACCACGACUACGACAACCCGCGCGCCACGCCCCGCUCGGCGCGCUCCACGCCCAAGACCAUCCACUCGCCCACCAACAUGAGCAUCGGGGGGGACCAGACGCCGCUCUACGACGAGUAGGCGCGUUUAGGGCUACAAUAGACGUCUCUUUAUUUUUUAUCUAAUUGUGCAUGUCUGGAAGGCCAGAGAUUAAUAGGUAUUAUGUACUAAGAAGGACUUUGUCACUCAGUUUGUAUGGAUUUUUUACAUGGGCUGUCUCAGUUAUCGUUCGUUAUACAUAAGAGGACGGGGUGAGUCCAUGGAGGAUUUUUUAUAUGUGUAAAACGUAGUUUCAUUUACGUAAAAUCUAAUUAUCUCGCAGAAUUUCGCAUAGGUGUUGCCCACAUAGUCCUUGUUAGCAUCAUGCUUCCAAAUGUCAGUGGCUGUAAUCCUUAUGCUCCUUCAGACCAACUACUGUGAUCUGAGAAAUAAAAAUUGAAAAUAGGUG